CUUGUAAACAAUCAUGGCGGACGAAGUGGAAAAGCCUAAGAAAACAAAAAGAUCUAAAUCAGCCAACAAAUCUACUGAAGAUAUUCCAUUAUCUACAAUGGAUAGCUCUAGUAGCAAGUUCAAUUUGUUGCUCAAGCAGGCUGUGGAUGAGAGUUUAAGUGAGGCAAAGCAAGAAAAGAAGAAGAAAAAGAAGAAAGACUCAGCAGUGUUGGAGUCUCUUCGAAAGGGAGAGGGUCUACAGAAAGAAGUAGAUGAAACACAGCUCGCAAACACAUUUAACCCUGAUGACACCAAGUAUGAAAAGAGCAACAAAAAAAAGCAGAAAUUUGUUGAAGACAAAAAUAAACAGAAUGAGCUUGAAAUAGUUGAUGAAACAAAAGGAAAGACAAAGAAAAAAAAGAAACAAAAAGGCCAAGAUGAGCUUAUAGAAAAUGUGAAUGAGAGUCAUGUGGCAGACAAAACUAUGAGCAUAUCAGAGUUGGGAACCCCUGCUCCGCCAUCAGGCAAGAAGAAAAAGAAGAAAACUGACACAGAUGUUAUCAGCCCUAGGUCAGAAGAUGAGCUGAGUCAGCUUACGACACCGAAGAAGAAACCUCGGAAGAAGCCGGGUGACGGAGAACAGACCCCAGAACAUGUGCUCACACCCACAAAGAAAAAGAAAGGCAAGACUGAGGAACAGACCGUGCACACAGAGGAUGAAACUGCCACAGGGAAGAAAAAGAAGAAGAAAAAAGGAGGUGAGACAGACGAGGAAGCCAUAAUGUCACCAGCUGAAGACUCUAUUAGGUCACCAAGAGGAAAGAAGAAGAAGAAGAAAACAGGGGGUGAGACAGAGGAUGAAGCUGCCUUGAGCCCAUCAGAAGAGGCAACAUCACCAAAAGGCAAAAAGGGCAAAAAGAAGAAGCCUGCAGCAGAUGAUGAGGAGCCAAAGUCACCCAAACAGAAGAAGGGAAAGAAAGGGGAAGUAACUGAUGAGGAAGCACUCUCCCCUGCUGAGGACGUGGAGGAUAAGAAAGAUAAAAAGAAGAAAAAGAAGAAGAAGGUUGCGGAGGAUGAAACACAGGAGGAUGAGGGCACAGAAGGUGAAACAGAGGCUCCUAAACCUAAAGAAAGGAAAAAGAAAAAGAAGAAGAAAGCGACAGAGGGUGAAGUGACAGAAGAGGAUGAAGCCGAGGAUGCUGGGAUGGACGUUGAAGACGAGGGACGCAUCCUUGCUUGCACGGUCCACCGCACAGACAAACUCAAGAACGACUUCUUCAUCCUACACCCCAUGGUCCGAGUGCAUGUGUUUGAUGAGCUUACAGGCAGAUACCUCACCAAACAACACAAGGAAAGGGCAGUGACAGCCUUCUAUGAAACAAUGAACGACAAUUUAAAACAUGUAUUACCUAUCAUGACCAAACCAUUUGACUUCAAAGAAAAUAAGUCGGUGCUGCCAGUGUGGGAGGAGCUACUAGUGUUCAAUGAGAACUACAACUACUUCAUCCAGCAGAAACCCAAAGUCCUUAUUGUCUUUGAGCUUGUGGAUUUUGUGAGUAUGAACCGUGCAGCGUCGCAGGAUGACAGGCGGACAGACAAAGGCUUACACAGAAUUGCCUGGGCCUUCCUGAAAGUGGUCGGCAACAACAACAAAAUAAACACAGGAUCAAAGGUCCGGCUUCAGCUGUUUGAGCCACCGAAUGGCAGCCUGCGAGGUCAUACCAGCACAGAAGAGGAACAUUUCCUGUGGUGGAAACUGUGUCCCCGCAAAUCUUACCCCUCAACAUUGUACAUCACACUGAAGGGAAUCAGACCUCCGCGGGAUGUGGAGCCCGCAGAGAGGUCUCUGUUUGCUACACAGGAGGAGAGGGGAAGAAUGACCUAUGAGGACUUAAAAAAGAGUAUCAACUGGGCUGGGAAAAAGUCAGCUAAGAAGCACCCCCUCACAUCGUGGUCACGCCUGGCCGGCCAGUUAUGCAGGAUCCCGAACACCCUGGCCCUGUCCCUACCAACGGGUAAACGUGGAUGCUAUGUUGUACGUUUCUCCCAUGAUGGCAGGAGUCUAGCCUGUGCUUGCCAGGGCAAUGAGGGCUUCCCUAUAUUGGUAUAUGAGAUUCCAUCAGGGACACUAAAAGGGAAGUUUAUUGGUCACUUUGGUAUUGUGUACGACAUGAGCUGGUCCAAGACAGACACCCAUCUCCUGUCUGCUUCCUCCGAUGGCACGGCCAGGAUCUGGAGCGUCCAGGAGUUUGGUGAGGACCAGGAGAAACUGCUGCCCCACCCAUCGUUUGUGUACUGCGGGCAGUUUCAUCCCCGGGUGGACAGCAUCGCGGUCACUGGAAGUUACGACCAGGUCAUACGGGUCUGGGACGUGUCUGAUGAUGGGGAUAAGUUUACUUUACGCUUGGAACUGGAAGACCACCAAGGCCUCAUCAACUCCCUGUGCUUUUCUGACGAUGGGGAGAGAAUGUUUUCUGCAGACAGUAUGGGCAUCAUCAUCAUCUGGAACUCAUUCUUCAGUGAAACACCUGCCAAAAGAGGUGUGGCCAGAGAUUGGACAUUGUUUAAAAAAAUUGAAGACCCAGAUAUAAAGGGCACAGUCAUCAACUACAUCUGCCUGCAUCCACGGGAGAGACGGCUGCUGGUCCACUGUAGAGACAAUAUCAUCAGAAUGUUUGACCUCAGAAUUGAGAGAGUGAUGCAGAAGUAUGUUGGUGCAUUGAACUUCCGUGAGCAGAUACGCAGUGCCCUCUCUCCUUGUGGAUCAUUUGUAUUCUCCGGCAGUGAAGACAACUUUGCUUAUGCCUGGAACACUGACACAGGUGACCAGAUGAUCAUGUACUCGGAGCUGAACUACCAGAACCCUGUCACGGAUGUGCACUACCAUCCCCGCGACCACAUGGUGGCCUUCUGCUCCCUCGGGGAAAACCACCCAGUCCUUGUAUACUCUUAUGAUGCACACAUUGCUCAGUAUGAGGCAGGCCUCUCACCGAGGAUGAUUUCCCCGUUACCAGCUGAGGAAGGCACUCUAGGGACUCCCCAGCUAGCAGAAGAGUUGGCCACCAAAGGCGUGUUGUCCCGAGAUGAGUUCAAUAUCCACACAUCACAGCGAUACGACCGGGUCAUGAAAAAUCUCAACAAAAUGACGGCCCAGAUGGUGGCCACGCCCUCCCUUGAGCUCCCAGGUACAGCCGUUCUCUCCCCCCGCAACACCAUGAUGACCCUCGGCUCCACUGGAUAUGACAUGUAUGGCACAUCUCCACGAACUAUGACUGACCCGACAAUGUUCAGCCCCCACGCUGGCAGGUCUAUGGAGGCAACAAAGCGGCACCAACAAUUUGCCUCCCAGAGUCAGUAUAUGAAGGGUGUUGACUCAUGGAGACCAACGUUCCAAGAAGUUGGAAGACAAGGACGCAGCUCAAGUCCUGUGUUUGGUCGACAGCCCCAGCUUAGCAUGACUGCAUCUCAGGGCAAGGCACAGUUCAACUUCCAGGCAGCUCCUGGCAAGACUGGCCAGAAACAGGAAAGGGUUGUGGCUAUUUAUGACUAUAAGGCCCAGCGGUCAGAUGAGCUGGACCUGUUUAAUGGAGAUGAGAUCCUUGUGCUGUACCGGGACACAGAGAACUGGUGGAUGGGUGAACUACGCAACGGACAGCAGGGAUUCUUCCCUGCUAACUAUGUCAUCAGUGAAGACCAGCAGGAAGACUACAAGGGAAGAGGUGCGCUGACCCCGGACAGUUCUGACUCUGAGAAGAAGCAGGUGACCGCAGUGCGCACCCCGUCCGGGGAGCUCAAAUUUGUCUCCGGGGAGGACGAGUCAGAGGAUGACCUUCUAGAAUCUACAAGGAGUCGUAGACGGAGAAAGCGUAACACCCAAGAUAGUGGCCCAUCAGGGGCCAAUCACACUGGAGGAACCAACAGCCGGAAACCCCCGCGAAAAUCUGCACAGAAGGUCCGCAUCAGUGAAGAUACACUUGAGUCUAACGCAUAGUCUGGUAGCUUAAAGAUUUAAUCCAGUCCAAAGCAUAGAUUGGCAGUGAAUAGACAGACAAUUUAGAUGAAUAUAUUAAAAGAUAAAAUGAUGUGUGAAAACUUAAAUGAAAAGAGGGCAACUACUUUUAAAGCCAGUAUGGUUUGCUCGGUGUUGUCGAGGUUAUGCCAACCUUAGAAUAUUUUGUGCUUUUUAUCUCUUUCUUGACUAUUUGCCACGACAUCUCAGGAAAAGAACUGUCAAGAAGGACCUCUGAACACCUUUGCCUUGUUGGCCAUAAGGGACUAGAUUUAUUUAUAUUUGAAUCUGCAGCUAUAGAGUUGUGGCUAUGUAAACGUAAGCAUUGCUGUGAUAAAUAUGUUCCAGUCGGUUGUUUCAUGUUAGUGAUUUUGUUUUGUACUAUUCCGUCCUGUAUAUGCAUGUAGAUGCUGUACUAUAUAUUUUUUGAGUUUACCAAAAAAAUAAUCAUGGAUGUUUUACAGCAAUUUGAUUGUUCCUUGAAAAGAUGUGCCAAACAUAAUAUGGCUUUAUAUUUUGGAUUUAUAUCUCAUAAGAAAAUAGAUCUGAAGGUGUAUUUUGUCAAUUCUAAUUUUGUUUUACAAAAUUGUGAACCUUAUGAGACAUGUCCCAUAAACAGUAGUUUUGAUAGACUGUUUGAUAUUAAGAAUUAAAAGGUCAUUCAAUUUCAAAAGAUAUUACUUUGGUGUACAUUAUCUGGACAUAUUAAAUUGAUACUUAUGAUUAUUUUGUGUGUUGUCAUUACUGUAAUCGCCUUUGUAUUAUGACAGUGUACAUUUUCUGUACAUAGUAUUUAUUUGUAUAUAUUGUACAUGGAUUUUCUCAGCACAGUGCAUCAUAUUUGUUGCUAUGCAUUUUUAUACUCUGUAGAGUGCUUGCUAACGAACUGGUCCUAGUGGUUGAAGGUCUACUUUAAGUGAAUUGUUGAUGUAUGGAUUUUUCCUUUGGGAACUCUCUGUAACAAAAACCAGGUCAUACUUUACAUGUAAUUGGUCAUUUGGUGCUUGACACAUAAAGACCUAUUGGUGAUUGUUUCUGGCAUCAUGUAGGAGUAAGGUCUCUCAAUUCUGCUAAUGGUUAUGUAUAGUUUGUAGAUAGUGUUAUUGCUUAGCAAUGAUGAGUUGUUUUGUUGAUCUGUUAUAUUGUACAUUAUUUGUGAUAGAAUAUAUUUUUCAUAAAUUGAUAAUAAAAAUAAUCUCAUUA